AUGUCACCAAUCGAAAAAAAUAAUUUCAACGUUGAUUUUUAUUGCAGCGGUUCUUAUGGAGUUGUUUCUUGCGCAAACUGGAAAGGUUCCGAAACUAUCAUGGCUCUAAAACUUUCUCAUAAUUUGUCCAUUAAAGAGGUCGUUAAUGUCGUUAAUGAGCAAUUCACAACAUAUUUACAUCAAGCGGAAAAGUUAUUUUUGGAAAUACAUGAUAAAGAGGAGUAUAUCAAUACUUUUAUUGAUAACCUAAUUAGACUUUUAAAUAAAACACUAGAUGAAGGAAAUGAUUUCAAUGAAUCUGAACAUUUUAUUAAUCAUUAUAUGCUUCUUUCAGAUCGAUCUUCAAAUGAAUGGUCGAACAAGAAUCAAAUGAAAUCAAAAUAUCAAAUUUUUUUGGGAAUUUUGUACUACAAUAAUAUCAAAAUUGAUAAAAGUUACGGUGAUGCAUUUGAAUUAUUUUUAAGUACAUCUGAAAAUAAUUAUUCAAUUGCGCAAGUUUAUCUUGCUAAUUGUUAUAAAACAGGAUUUGGAACUGAAAUAAACUAUGAUCAUGCUUUUAAUUGGAUGCAAAAGGCCGUAGAAAGCGAAAGCAUUUAUGGGCAACUUAAUAUUGGUAUUUAUUAUGAACAAGGUAUAGGAACCGAUAAAAAUUUAAUUAAAGCAUUUUAUUGGUAUCAAUAA